UAAACAAUCCUUUUACUCAUGCAAUUCGGUUUUCCAUCGUUCAUUCAAAACGGCGUUUAUGUUUAGAUUUUUGUAAUUAUUGUCUACCGGCAAUUACUUAUUUUGAAAACUUGUUGUAUAUACUAUACACGUUGUGAGUUGUGUUGUAGCUUUGUGCAAUUUUAAUACUUUAUUUUAAUUUUCUUGUACCACUAACAGUAAAUCCGCGUGAACAAUGGCUGACGGCAGUAAAGGAAAGGAAGUUGAACACAUCAAUUUGAAAGUUCUAGGACAAGAUAACGCUAUUGUACAAUUUAAAAUCAAGAAACAUACGCCCCUUAAGAAACUGAUGAACGCUUACUGCGACCGAGUGGGAUUAGCCAUGGCAACUGUACGAUUUAGAUUCGAUGGUCAAGCUAUUAAUGAAACCGAUACUCCCUUAUCGUUGGAAAUGGAAGAAGGAGACACAAUAGAAGUGUACCAGCAACAGACUGGCGGAAGCUCAUAUUUUGCCUAAUUUAAGACCUUUUCUUUAUUUUUGUAAUAUUAAAAAGUUGAAUUGUAAUCGACAUAUUAUUUUUUCCGUUUUCCGCUUUACAUUAAUUGGUAUGUACAUUUUAUAAACAAUAAAUAAUUAAGUGAUUA